CCCACCUCCUGAGUCUGCGCCUGCGCGAGGGCCAUGGCAGCCCAUCGCACCUGAGGAGGGUGGGAGGCGGUGGUGUCCCCUUCCCGGCGGCGGGCGGGAGAGUUAGAUAGCGACCUAAGAAAAGACCAUGAAAGAUACUGACAUCAAGAGACUUCUGUAUACCAAUCUUCUGUGCAUACUUUCCAUUGUCCUAAGCAUUUUUAUCCCAUCUGUCUUCUUGGAUAACUUCUCGAUACUGGAAACUCACUUGACCUGGUUGUGCAUUUGUUCCGCUUUUGUGACUGCUGCCAAUCUCCUGCUAUAUUUAGUAGUGAAACCAAAUGUAUCUUCUAGAAGGAGUUCAUUAUCACAUAAGGUAACCAGGGUUUUGAAGUGCUGCAUCUACUUUCUUCUGUCUUGUUUCUUUCUCCAUAUCAUUUUUGUUCUGUAUGGAGCACCGCUAAUAGAGUUGGUGUUGGAAACAUUUUUAUUUGCAGCUAUUCUGUCUACUUUUACUACAGUACCCUGUUUGUGUUUGCUAGGACCAAACCUCAAAGCAUGGCUGAGAGUGUUCAGUAGAAAUGGAGUUACAUCCAUUUGGGAGAACAGUCUUCAGAUCACUACAAUUUCAAGUUUUAUAGGCGCAUGGCUUGGAGCAUUUCCUAUUCCACUGGACUGGGAAAGACCAUGGCAGGUGUGGCCCAUCUCCUGUACACUCGGAGCAACCUUUGGCUACGUGGCUGGCCUGGUGAGCUCACCACUCUGGAUAUACUGGAAUAGAAAGCAACUCACAUACAAGAGCAGUUAAGAGGAGGAAGGGGAGAAGCUGUUUCUUGAUGCAGAUUCCAUAAGGGCUGUGCAGAGGUGGAUGGUCAAAGCCAAGCGGUUCCAUUUACAGCACUGUUGUUUGUCAAUGUUGUCUCAACAUUUUAACUAUGAAACCCCUGAGAGAUUGUACCUUCUAGUUGAAAUAAAGUAUUUAUAGUAGA